AUGACGGAGGCAGUGGUCAGGAAUAAGCCGGGGAUGGCGAGUGUGAAGGAUAUGCCUCUCCUGCAGGACGGACCCCCGCCGGGUGGAUUUCCUCCAGUCCGCUAUGCUCGUCGCAUCCCUAAUACAGGCCCCAGCGCUGUUGCCAUCUUCUUGACUGCCUUUGGUGCCUUCUGCUGGGGCAUGUAUCAGGUCGGUAAAGGCAAUAAGAUUAGGAGGGCAAUUAAGGAAGAGAAAUAUGCUGCUCGCCGAGCGAUACUACCCAUGCUUCAAGCAGAAGAGGAUGAAAGAUUUGUUAAAGAGUGGAAAAAAUAUCUGGAAGAGGAAGCCCGAAUAAUGAAGGAUGUGCCUGGUUGGAAAGUUGGUGAAAGUGUCUACCAUUCUGGGAGAUGGAUGCCCCCUGCAACUGGUGAGCUCCGUCCUGAUGUUUGGUGAGAAGCAUGUUGGACAGAUUUCGUUUUUCCCAUCUGAAAAACUGAACUUUUCUUUUGUUGUAUAGUGUGGAUAAGUAAUUUAACUAUUGAGAAUUGAAUCCUGUUUGGGGAAAGGAUAAUCUGUUGUGAUGGUAAUAUUGGGACAGUUUCCAUGUUAAUACUUCAAAGUGGCUCCUGACAUGGAUAGCUCAGA